AUGCAAAUCGGAGGUAAAGAACCUUUCUCCUUUCAUUUAACUAGCAAACCUCAAAAACGCCACAGAUUUGACAUCCAUCUUCGUUGCUUCUCUCAUGAGCUCUACGCGCGCCGCCACCCCAGCUAUCCCAGCCAAAAUCUCCAUGACCGCGUAGAACUGGCUGUACCACCCGCUGGAUCUCCAUCGGUCGACCAACGCAUACUCACCCAUAGUGGCCCUAUGAGGUCUCCGAGAUUGAUUCGUCGAGUGACACCAUAUGACAAUCGAUCGCCCUCUCCUGACCCCAGAUUUGCAUCUUCUUCUCCUCCAUCUCUAUUUUCGUCUCCGUCUCGUCCUACCAUUAGCUCUGUUGGCAGAUAUCACAAGGCUCCGUCUGGUUUCACGGUCUGCAUUCCAAGAAGAGCUUCUCAUAUCUCUCAGAAUCAUGUUCCUGCGUCGAGCAGUUCCACUCCUCGAGAUCCAUUGGCAUCAAAACUAGACACACAGGCUAUCGUACAAAAUUCUGAAUGUCCUACUACAUCCGGUAGUAGCCGUCGCAAUGUCCAUCUUCUUCAGACUCCUCAGAGUCGCUCCACGAUUGUUUGCGCUCCCGCUACCCGGACAUCCUCAUUGAUGGAACCACAAAUCGUGGGAGGUGAUGAUUGUGACGAAGACCCUGAUUCCAAAAUCCCGAAGCCUCCUGGGGAAGUCAAUCGACCUGGUCGGGGAGGCUAUAAUCUGCGCGCUGUGUUGAACUGGUCCAACCAGCGCUUUCAGAAAGUCAAGAAAUUUAUCGACGCCACUGUUGAGGAUAAAUUGGAUUGCAUCCAACCUAUCAGCAAACAAUCUCUAGCGAAUAUAGAGGAAGUACAUGUAAUAGCGUUACAGAAGUUCCACUUCCUUGGUGAAUAUCGCGACAACUGGGUGAUCGAUGACUUCAUCAAAUGUCAUCUCAAAUACCUGAAACAGGCCCUGCAGAAGAAAGCGAUGAAGACAGCAGUCACCGAAGCUCGCCAGGAAGUUCAACGUGCUCAGUUGCGAGCUGAGUUGGCUGAAAAGAGAGCUGCUGCUGUAGCAAGAGAUACUCGGCAAAGGGGCGAUCUAUCUCAGUAG